AUGGCCAUAUUAAGAUCAAAGGCAAAAUCAACCAAAAAAUCCACAUCAGGUAUUAAACUGACCCAUAGAGAAUAUAGAGAAUGGACAGAAGAUGAACUUAAAAAACUCAUUUUAUUUAAUAACGGAGGAAGCUUAUAUAAAAAUAUUGCUAAAGCUUUACAAAGAACUAAAGCUUCAGUCAAAAGUAAAAUGGGUUUCUUAAGAAAGAAUAAAAAACUGUUUGUUGAUAAAGUUAUUUCUGAAAAUAGAACAAAACCAUAUCUAUAUGAAAUUAGAGAUGUUGGUGCAGGUGCUCGAAACAAUUGGAGUGACAGAGAAUGCUCCGCAUUAACAAGAUACUACAAUCUUGGUUACUCAACUAAAGAAAUGUCAUCUAUUAUGGGAAGAAGUGGUAAGUCUAUUGCAUGGAAAGUUACUGCCUUAGGUAUUGGCGGAAGAAAAAGAAGAGUAAGACGUCAAAAUAAAUAA